UGGCGUACGACAUGAACACCGGUCCAGCUAUGCUCUUUCCUUCCGCUCUCGUCCUCAAUGAUAGAAGCACUUUUUCGGUCGACGCCUGUAGGCUCGACAGGCCCAGAGUGAGUUAUGCAACCUGCAACCCAUUCGCUAUCGGAGACAAUCAGAAAAACCUGUCCUAUCCAGAUCCUAUGGUUGGAGCCUCUCACUCCUUUAUCCACAGGAUGUCGGAACUCUCCUGUCUGGAAGGAGAGACGGUGAGACAGGAGAAGCUCAAGAGCAUCAGGAAGACCAGGAAACACGACUCCUGACAACCAAUGUUUUGCGCGUCGCAGGGGUCAGAGAUCACGACCUUCUACGCAGUGCCAAAGCUGC